AUGCGCAUAGGUAUCGGCAAAAUGAUUCAGUCGCUCAGGAAUACGUUUCGAACCUACAAUGAUAUGCAAAUGCAAAGGUCUAGAAAGAUACCCAUCGAGAUACCCAUGAAGUCACCCGUCAGGAUAAUUUUAGAAGAAGAUAUUAGUGAUGGGAAACUGGAUGAAGCAGAGACUGAAGAAGGAGGGUUGGGGGAAAAGAAGACAUAUGAAAACCAAAUGAUGGAAGAGAUUUACAAAAAGCAAUUGGAGGGGGCAGAUGAAGAUGGCGAUGAGAGUGAAAUUUCGGAUUUAUCCGAGUAUAGUUUACCCCCCUCAAAAUCCAGAAAGAAUCCAUUUUUUAUCGUCAUUAUAAUCCUAAAGGCAUGGAUCGACACUUUCAAGAAGAGUACUUAUCAAACAGUUUAUAACAAUACGACCUGGUUGGAUGAGAAAACCCAGGGGUUCAUCCAGCACGAUGGCGACAAGGCCAUGUACAAUGAUCUCAAUUUCAAAAUCCACGUCACCCAGCGUUCUAUAGCUCAAAUAGAAACCGAACUUGCAGAAGCAGUCUCAAUAUUCGAAAAACUGGAAUAUCAGCACAAUGAGUUUAAAAAGAUAAUGGAUGACUAUCCGGUUAUGGAGGGAUCAAACUCAGUAACUCAGCAGAUAUCCCAGGUACAGCAAGAAGUCAAAGCACUGCAGAUGCUAUUUUGGCAAGAGGCGACUAAAAUCAAAACUUGUUCCAAAUGGUUAUCGGAAGCAAUGUCACACCGAAACACCGAGGCUAUCAAAGCCGCGACGGUAGAAAUGAGCAAAAUCUUGGAAGAGACGGAAAAACUUACCUCAGAAAACCGUAAAGAAGCCAAACUCAUGUCCCAAAUUGCAAUCAACACCCAAAAGGACGGACAAUCUAUGAAAAUAAUUGCAAUUCUCACCAUGAUUUUUCUUCCUGGGUCCUUUGUCUCGAGCGUUUUUGGUUGGAAUAUCAUCUCUUUCGAUGUCUCCGAGGACGGUAGCCAAAGCCUUGCAAUAUCUAAACAAGGCCUGCAAAUCUUCUUAAUAUUUUUCUUUACAUUUACUAUCGUUACUAUCUCCGGAUGUUGGAUUUGGGUUUCGAAUUCUCAAAAGAGCCUUACUCUAGCAAACGCGGAUAUUCAACGAAGUGGCGAAGAUGAAAAGACAGUUGGGGAAGAUUCUCCAUGA